AUGAAUGCUACCAGUGACAGUAAAAUCUUUCUGAGAGGAUUUGAAAACCUCCAUGAUUUCAAGAUCCCUCUCUUCUUUAUGUUUUUUGUCAUUUAUAUGUUAACAUUAACCAGCAAUCUCUUAAUAAUCAUAUUGGUGUCAACAAGUUAUCGUCUUCGAUCUCCAAUGUUUUUCUUUCUUGCCCACCUUUCUUUUUCUGACUUGCUUGUUACUACAGAUAUAGUACCUAAUAUGUUGCUGAUCAUACUAACUGAUGGUGGCAUUGUGUUUUUAUCAGGAUGCCUUACCCAGUUCUUUUUCUAUGGUGUAUCAGCAACCACAGAGUGUCUUCUGCUCUCAGCCAUGUCUUAUGACCGAUACUUGGCCAUCUGCAAACCUCUGCAUUAUAAUAAUAUUAUGAACUUCAAGCUUUGCCUAAACUUGAUUAUUUCAUUGUGGGCCUUAAGUUGUGUCCUGACAGUUAUCCCAAUAUAUUUUUUGCAAACAUUGAGGUUUUGUGGUGUCAAUGUUAUUGACCAUUUCUUUUGUGAUCUUGGGCCUCUCUUGGAUCUGUCUUGUUCAGACACAUUCUUAGUAAAACUAGAGGUAUUUGCCACGUCUACACUUCUAACCAUUGUCCCAUUUAUUUUCAUCUGUGUAACCUAUGUCUAUAUCAUCAUUUCCAUCCUGAGGAUAUCUUCUAACACUGGAAGGCAGAAAGCCUUUUCCACCUGCAGUUCCCACCUUGCAGUUGUGUGCUCUUUUUAUGGAGCAUUGUUUGCUAUGUAUGUGGUCCCAUCAAAAGAGCACUCUGCUAUUAACAAGGGUGUUUCCUUGAUGUAUACUGUCGUGACUCCCUUGUUCAACCCCAUCAUAUACAGUCUAAGGAACCAAGAAAUACAAAUGACUAUCAGGAAAUAUCUAAGGACACAGAAACCUCAUAUUAAACAAUUAAACCAAUAA